AUGCCACCAAGCACCCCGCCCGACGACAUUAUUGCGCUCGUCGCCGCGAACAUGGCAGUCUGGCGGGCCGCCCUCAUCACUAGUGCUGCAGUCGACGUCGUGCUCUACGUAGCCAUCGUCGCACAGACUGUUCGGUACUUCUGUACCCGCUCAAAUGAUGAAAGUAGUGCAGCUGUAGCGCGGAUUGUCGAUGUUUCGGGUUUGGAGGCGCAGUCAAAGGACAGAAGCAGCCGAUUUCAUCAGAGACCAUGGGACUGGCUCGUUUUCUUAGUCGUAACAAUUGCGACGUUCAAGGCUGGCUGUUCAUUGGCGACGACUGUGAUCCUUCGGCAACCUCUCAGCGGCCGUGAAUUUUGUGACGCCCUCGUGUCUUUUCCAGUAUAUAUAGCACCUUUCCUAACCGCAUUGAUUGGACUAGUCUCUGGUACAUUCUACCUGCACCGACUUGUCAAGCUGUUGCGAGUACAAGAAUCAGUUCUCGGAAAUUGUCGGUUCCGCGCCUUCAUCAUGAUCAUUAUCGAAGCUCUCUUUCUCACCACCCUUGGACUUUCUAUCUAUUAUACUCGCCUCGCCGCCGACGGGUGGGACAAAUUUGUCCCCUUUGCGACCGCGCAGCUCAGCUGCGCUGCUGUGGGUGAUAUGCUCGUAACAGGGUUGACCCUCGCGUGUAUAUUGAACACGGAGAAACACAUCACUGAAACCAAACGUUCCCCACUGCGGCACAUCGCAAGAAUCACUGCAUUGAGUGCAGCUGUCCCCACGAUAACCGCGAUUGCGAAUGUAUUGUGCGUAGCCAUUCCGGCUGUGUCAAACACACUAUGGCACAAUCUUCCAAACUACGCGUUGGGACAAUUGUUUGUUCUAUCGCUGCUGUGGACGUUACAGGUUCGCCAACAAAUUGCGCAUCAAAGCACCGAGAGCGCGCGGCUGACGAGCACGGCAACGUGGUCGACUAAGCGCGAGGGUCGUCCAAACUUUAUGAAUCGCACAUCGAUGUUUGCACGGACAAUACCCCUCAAUGACAUCUCCUCGGAGUUUAAGAACUGA